UUGUACACGAAAAAACCGUUUAUCAAGUGCAUUUUUUCAGUACACAAUUACUAGUCGAUUGUUGAAAAACAAGUAUUCAGUCGAAAAUGUUUGUACGUUUAUCUCGUUGUGCAACAAAAACGACAAAAGCAUUGAUAAAAUAUCACGCAGCUGCUACGCCGGCACAAACACAACAACACCAAAUUGUUUUGUCAAAGUCGAGAAGUUUCCUUUUAGCUGUCAGAAGCUAUCAUUGCUGCAGUCAGAAAAUCUCUUCAACUUUACCGGUUUGUUUGUCUAAAUCGUCGGCUAAUAUUAGCGUUGCUUUAAAACGAGACUUUGCAAAAAUGUCGUUGAAAAGUUUCCAGGAACAUGAAGUUGUACCUGAUGUUAUCGAUACAGCUCCUACUGAGGUAUUGAGUGUUACCUACGGUGAUUUGCAAGUGAAAGAAGGCAAUGUUUUAACACCUACCCAGGUGCAAAAUAAACCACAAUUGAGCUGGAAUGCUGAUGCAAAUGCUCUUUACACCGUUUGCAUGACCGAUCCUGAUGCUCCCAGUCGCAAAGAACCCACCUUCCGUGAAUGGCACCAUUGGUUGGUAGUUAACGUACCCGGUUCUAAAGUCAGUGAUGGUGAAGUUUUGUCAGACUACAUUGGUUCUGGACCACCACAGGGUACUGGUCUACAUCGUUAUGUGUUUUUGGUAUACAAACAACCUUCCAAGUUGUCUUGCGAUGAAAAACGUUUACCCGACAACAGUGGCGACGGCCGUGGUGGCUUCAAAAUUGCCGCUUUUGCCAAAAAAUAUCAAUUGGGCAACCCAAUUGCCGGUAACUUUUAUCAAGCUGAAUGGGAUGAUUAUGUACCCAAAUUAUAUGCCAAAUUGGAAGGCAAGUAAAUUGGCGAGCAUAGCUAAUGAAAAAUCUCAAUAUCUACAUUAUGCUGGAAGUUACAUAAUGGAAAAAAUUACUUGUUAGAAAUUAAAAGACCAUAUAGAAACCAAGUUUCGUUUGUAAAAAUUUGUUUUUGUUUUUUAAACUUGUAAAAUUACAAAUAAAUUAAAAUACAAUUGUCAUACAAUAAAUCUGUUUUAUGUAUU